CAAUUCCGGGCUCCCAGCGGCGUGUUCCCCUAGGCGGCGAGACGGGCUCGACUUCUUAAAGUCCGCCUUUCCCCGAGACUCACACUUUGUUCGAGGAGCUUGCCUCGCACCCCUCCUGACCUCGGGCCACUGCUCCGGCCCACAAGUCUCCCAAGACCCAUGGCCGAACGUGGGGAGCUCGACCUGACUGGCGCCAAGCAGAACACGGGCGUGUGGCUGGUGAAGGUUCCUAAGUAUUUGUCACAGCAAUGGGCUAAAGCCCCUGGAAGGGGUGAAGUUGGAAAACUUCGGAUUGCCAAGAAUCAAGGAAGGACGGAGGUGUCAUUUACUUUGAAUGAAGAUCUUGCAAAUAUUCAUGAUAUUGGCGGAAAGCCAGCUUCAGUCAGCGCUCCUAGAGAACAUCCAUUUGUCUUGCAAAGUGUUGGAGGACAGACCUUAACAGUAUUUACUGAGAGCUCAUCAGAUAAACUAUCAUUGGAAGGAAUAGUGGUUCAAAGAGCUGAAUGCCGUCCUGCUGCCAGUGAAAACUACAUGAGAUUAAAGAGAUUGCAAAUAGAAGAAUCUUCCAAACCUGUAAGGCUGUCACAACAACUGGAUAAAGUUGUAACAACCAAUUACAAACCUGUUGCUAAUCAUCAGUACAAUAUUGAAUAUGAAAGGAAGAAGAAAGAAGAUGGAAAGAGAGCUCGGGCAGAUAAACAACACGUUCUAGAUAUGCUGUUUUCAGCCUUUGAAAAACACCAGUAUUAUAACCUUAAAGACUUGGUGGAUAUCACAAAACAGCCCGUGGGAUACCUGAAGGAAAUACUGAAAGAAAUUGGUAUUCAGAAUGUAAAAGGCAUCCACAAAAAUACAUGGGAGCUGAAGCCAGAAUACAGGCAUUAUCAAGGAGAAGAAAAGAAUGAUUAAGAGGGGCUUUAGCUGCCUGCAGAUGGAACAGCUCACAGGCACCUGCACGAGCAGCA